CGACAGGGAGGCCAUUGUGAUUGUUUCAAGUGCAGAAAGAGGAAGACGGGUCUGCGGCCGCAAUGACCUCGUAACAGCACUUUAUUUUUCUUUUUAUUUUGUAAGCUGAUUUCUUCGUGCUCCUGUUGCUCUUGUCAACAUAUAUACCGCAAGUGAAAAAGUAGCGGCGCGUACAUACCCGUCUGGGCCCGCUUCACGCUCACUUCCCACCCCCAAUGUCGGCCGAAGCCUCCGCUGGAAGCGUGGCGUCGGAGCUGCUUCUUGCUGCGGCAGGGCCCCCCGAUGGGCUGAGUGAGGAUAAGGGAGGCGGUGGUGGCGGCCUGGCAGGCAGCAAAUACGUGAAGCUCAAUGUGGGAGGAUCGCUGCACUACACCACCGUGCAGACGCUGAGCAAGGAGGACAGCCUGCUGAGCCGCAUGUGCACCGGCGCCGCUGAGGUCACCAUUGACCCCGAGGGUUGGGUGGUGCUGGACCGCAGCGGCCGCCAUUUCAGUCUAAUCCUGAACUUCCUACGCGAUGGAUACGUGCCCCUGCCCGAGUCCCAGAGGGAGCUGGAGGAGGUUCUGGCAGAGGCGCAGUACUACCGGGUGCAGGGGCUCAUCCAGCAUUGCUUUGCUGCUCUGAAGAAACUGCGCGAGGGCUUUCAGGGCUCUUGUCGCAUUCCUAUGAUCACGUCGGCCAAGGAGGAGCAGAGGAUGAUCGCCUCUUGCCGCAAGCCUGUGGUGAAACUGCAGAACAACAGGGGAAACAACAAGUACUCAUACACCAGCAACUCGGACGACAACCUGCUGAAGAACAUCGAGCUCUUCGACAAGCUGGGCCUGCGCUUCAACGGUCGUGUGCUCUUUGUCAAGGACGUGCUGGGUGACGAGAUCUGCUGUUGGUCUUUCUACGGCGAGGGCAGGAAGAUCGCCGAGGUGUGCUGCACCUCCAUCGUUUAUGCCACGGAGAAGAAGCAGACCAAAGUGGAGUUCCCAGAGGCCCGCAUCUUCGAGGAGACCCUCAACAUCUUGAUUUACGAGAACGGCAGAGGGUCUGGGCCUGGCAGCCUGGCUUUGCUGGAAUCCGGAGGAGCGGGGUCCUUGCCGGGUGCCGGCCAAUCGGAGGAGGAGGGUGCCGGUGUGGGAGGAGGCGACCGCAGGGUACGGCGCAUCCAUGUCAGGCGGCACAUCAUGCAUGACGAACGUGGACAUGGUCUGCAGACAGUCUAUAAGGACUGAGGAUGAAGGAGUGGUCGAUGGGCGUGGGUCACAUGGCAGAAUGCGGUGUGACGAGGAAGGUGCCGGCUGCAGUGGUCAACACACCAACUGGUAGUGGGUGUGGGGGUCAAAACCACACGCACUGCUUGCUGGGGGCAGGGGGGUGGGAGUUGUUAACACUGCGCUUCACUGGGAAGGGGGGGGGGCUACAUAGGGACCAGAGCAGAAACAUUCCCAUUUGAAACCUGGGCACACCCUCACGGUUCAUUUAAAAGCUUUGUGUAUGUAUGUAUGUAUGUAUGUAAAUGUCUUUCUGUACUUUUUUAAAUUAAUUUAUUAUGUUGAUUAUUUAUUAUUCAGUGUUUAUUUUUUAAAUAAAUUAUUGUUUUCCAGUACAGGGGGAGAUAUUGUUUGUAUGCUGGAUGUUCUCCAGUGCUGUAUUCUUUUUAUACGGACACGUUUCCAUUAAUGGAGGGGACGGGCGCAAUAGCGACUGCGCCACCCAUUGGCACCCGUGUUUAGGGCACUGUGUUGGAGACUGUACGCCUUCCGGUUUUCCUGACCGGAACCGGAACCAGAACCGUCCUCCGCCUGAGACACUGGUCCCGAGCUUUCCUAAUAAAACAAUAAAGCGCUUUUUUAAGUACAGAGGCUCUGUUUCUCCCUUCGCUUCUCUCGCCUAUUGCUGCACCUGCCACGACAUGCGAUGCAAGCUGAAGAAAAACACAAACG